AUGCAGACAACAGUUUCGAGCAAGAACAAGUAUCCCAGAUUUGAAGAGGAGUCAAGUGACAGUGACAGCGACAGCAACAGUGAGAUGAAGCUCGUUGGUCUGGUCGCCAAGAAGCAUACUAGCACCAAGCUCGCUCCGUUACGCAUCAAGGUUCAGCUCAAGAACGCAAACAUCAACUUUGAAGCGCUACUAGACAGUGGUGCAUCAAUGAGCAUCAUCAACCAGAAGAAUCUGCAGGCUAAUGUCCAGCUUGGACGUAAAAAGUCGCAUCGUCGACCAAGUUUCAGACGGAAAAUGGUUCGAAAUUCUGGAGAAGAGCCAAGAUGCUAUUCGAUUAAUCGGGACAUCAUUACGUCAUUGGGCAUUGUGCUCAAUUUCAAAGAAAAUGUUGUUCAGUGGGAUGGCCACUACGCGCACCUUAAUACCGGUGUGUCACGCUCUUUCGAGGUGAGCGAUUACGAAAGUCUCGAAGAAAGCAAAGAAAUUGCUGAAAGUGCAGUCCGACCAGAAGAACUCAUGCCCGACACACUACCCAACUCUCUCGUCGACGAAUAUCAUCAGCUUCUUCGUGAUAACAUGAGCUUGUACGAUGGUCACUUGGGAAGGAUGAGGUUCGAAGAUUACUUCUUGCCUAUCUCACCUGACUACAAGCCCGUUCACGCCAAGCCAUAUCCUGUCCCACGUAGCCUCGAAGGAAAGGCGCGAGAGCUAAUUCAACAUCUGAUUAGCACUGACGUGCUGGAGAAGAUCUACGAUUCGGAAAUGGCAUCGCCAGCCUUUUUUCUGGAGAAACCCAACGGUUCCCUGCGUUUACUGAUCGACUUUCGUGAGCUCAACCGAUUUUUGCAGCGCAGCCCAUACUACGUCCCACGUAUUCGAGAGAUUUUAUUACGUCUCGCGGGAGCGAAGUGUCUUUCUACGCUGGAUGCAACAUGGGGUACUACGAGCGUCGUCUCGCUACGUUAA